AUGAGUACCCUGUGUUGGAACUGUCGUGGGUUAGGCGAUCCGCGUACAGUUCGUGAAAUCUUGGCAUUGGAAGCCAGGACAAAGCCUAUGUUUAUUUUUCUCAUGGAAACUAAAGUUCGUCGUGAUCAUGCUGAAAGUUUAAGGGUUAAGUUAAAUUUUGAUGGCCUGUUUUAUGUGGAUGGCGGGGGUGUUGGGGGAGGUUUGGCAUUGUUGUGGCGGGAUAGAGAUACAACGCAGUUAAUCAGUUAUUCCACAAAUCAUAUUGAUGUUAAAGUUCGGUUACCGGGUAGUAAUAUUUGGCGGCUGACCUGCUUUUAUGGUUUCCCGGAAAGGAAUAGACGACAACAGUCAUGGGAUCUUCUUCGUUCUCUUCAUGCUAAGUCUGACCUUCCUUGGUUAGUAACCGGCGAUUUCAAUGAUAUUUCAUCUCCUGGUGAGAAACGAGGAUUGCAUGCUCAUCCUACCGCUCUGAUUGAAGGAUUUAAUCGAGCUUUGGAGGAUUGUGGUUUGUUUGAUUUGGGAAUGAGGGGGAGACAAUUUACGUGGGAAAGAGGUAGAGGUACGAGAAGUUGGGUAGAGGAAAGACUAGACCGUGCAGUGGCGGGAGCUGACUGGUGUGCAUUUCAUAAUCAAGCUUCUGUGCGUAACUUGGAUGUGAUUACUUCUGAUCAUACUGCCAUCCUUGUCGAAAUAGAAGGUCCGAAAGUGGCGAGGAGUAGACGCAAGUUUAUGUUCGAAAAUGCGUGGUUAAAAGAAGUAGGGUGCAAGGAUGUGGUACUUGGUGCUUGGAAUGGGUCGGUUGGGGAAUGUUUUCCAAGUCGGCUCGAGCUGUGUGGAGAAUCCUUAAAGAAGUGGGGAGGAAACUAUGGGAGCCAACUGUCUAAAGAGAUUGAGAUGAUUCAUGCCCGUUUAAAUAGGCUACGGGGCUGUCGAAGUGAAGCUAAUAUGGCUGAAUUUCGGGAGCUGGAUAGUAGGCUACAUCAUCUUAAUGACCAGCAGAAUAUUUAUUGGCGGCAAAGAGCAAAACAGCAUUGGCUCUUGCAUGGAGAUAUGAAUACUAAAUUUUUCCAUUCAUAUGCUACAACGAGGAAAAGGAAGAAUGCCAUAUCCAAACUGCGUAACAUGCAUGGGCAGUGGGUCGAAGGAGAUGGUUUACUCUCCUUGGCAGUGGAGUAUUUUUCGGAUAUAUUCACUUCAAGAGGUACAGGUGAGAUGAGGUCUUUAGAUAAUCUCACAUCGAAGGUGACUGCUGAGGAUAAUCUGAAGCUGCUUCAACCUUUUACUACUGAAGAGGUAAAAGAAGCGUUGUUCUCUAUGGCACCAGACAAAUCCCCCGGACCUGAUGGCUUCAGCCCAGCCUUUUAUCAACAUUUUUGGGGUGAGAUUGGAGAGGAUGUGGUUCAUUUUAUUACUGAUUGUAUUCACGCUGGUGAGCUCCCUUUGGGUAUGAACGAUGCUUUCAUCACUUUGGUUCCUAAAAAGGCAAUUCCGAUUUCUAUGGGUGAUUUACGGCCAAUUGCGCUUUGCAAUGUUUCUUAUAAAAUCCUAUCAAAGUUGUUGGCCAACCGUUUAAAGGUUUUGCUUGAAGGUGUUAUCUCCGAAAACCAAAGUGCGUUCAUUCCAGGCCGGUUAAUCACCGAUAAUGUUCUUAUUGCCUCGGAAGUAAUCCACUACUUGAAUCGAAAGAGGGAAGGCAAUACCGGGUGGUCUGCACUCAAGCUUGAUAUGGCGAAAGCCUAUGACAAGAUGGAAUGGGGCUUUUUGAAAGAAAUGAUGGUUCGAUUAGGCUUUGAUGAUCGAUGGAUUAAGAUUAUAAUGAUGUGUGUUACAUCGGUGCGAUAUAGAGUGGGUGUGAAUGGUGGUCUCACUGAUUUUAUUAUGCCAACUCGAGGUCUGCGACAAGGUGACCCGAUAUCCCCCUAUCUAUUUAUAUUAUGUGCAGAAGGCCUCUCCCACUUGAUUUCCACGGCUGUACGUCGCAAUCGGGUGUCACCUUGUGUGGUGGCAAGGGGAGCGCCGGGAAUCUCUCAUUUAUUCUUCGCGGAUGACAGCCUCUUGUUCUUUAAAGCUACUACCCAGGAAGCUGAAGCAAUUAAGGAAUGUCUUAUUGACUAUGAGCGUAUGUCAGGCCAGUCUGUUAAUUUCGGGAAGUCAUGUAUCAUUUUUAGUCGAAAUACGAUUGAGGUUAAUAGAGUAGCAGUGGCAGGAGUCUUUACCGUUGCUCAAGCUGCUUCUAUUGGUUCUUAUCUGGGGCUGCCGAUGGGUGUAGGACGCAAUAAGAAGGAAGUUUUUUCUUAUAUUGAAGCUAAGUUGCGUCAUAGAUUGAGUGGUUGGAGAAAGAAAAUUCUCUCACGAGCGGGGAAGGAGAUUUUAAUUAAGAGUGUGGCUCAAGCGCUUCCAACAUACACGAUGAGCCUAUACUACUUGCCGGCUACUUUCUGUACUCAUUUGGAACGGAUUAUGAACCAGUACUGGUGGGAGUCAGGUAGAGGCAAUGGAGGUGGUAUAAGGUGGAUGGCCUGGGAUAGGUUAUGUGAACUCAAAACAUUUGGAGGAAUGGGUUUCCGCAAUCUUAACAGAUUUAACGUGGCUCUUCUAGCUAAACAGGGAUGGCGUUUAGUGUCAAAUCCUUCCUCGCUGGUAGCGCUGAUUUUUAGAGCCAGAUACUAUCCUCGCGGAGAUUUCCUUGGAGCAAAUAUUGGCGCUAAUCCAAGUUAUUGUUGGAGAUCAAUAUUGAAUGGUCAGGAUAUCCUUCGUCAGGGAUGUUAUAAGCGAAUAGGUGAUGGUCGAACAACCAGAGUCUGGGAUCAUCCAUGGCUUCCCGAUAUUACGCACCCUUACAUUACUUCGCCGAGACAGAUUGUGAGUUCAGAUAUGACGGUUUCUUCGCUGAUUAAUCCAGUCGCCAAAGACUGGGAUUUAGAACGUCUGAAUGCAUUCUUUGUGGCCCGAGAUGUGGAACUUAUUUUGAAAAUCCCUCUAGCGUUAGACUUUGCCGAUCAGUGGUGUUGGAGAGGGGAGCUGCGAGGGAUAUACUCGGUGAAAGGAGGCUACAAGAUCCUCUCGAAUCAGACUGGGAAUGGCCCUGUGGUUUCUAGGGGCUGGAAUGCUAUAUGGGGAUUGAAGGUUCCUCCACAUAUUAAGAAUUUCCUAUGGCGAUGUACUCAGUUGGUUCUACCCACAUUGACAGCGCUUGUAAGUCGACGGGUUGAGGUUGAUUUUCAUUGCCCAUUGUGUAAUCAGCAGCCUGAAUCGAUUAAGCAUUUGUUUUGUGAUUGUUCGCAGGUUGUUGGGUUGUGGAAUGACUUUCCGGUUGAUUUUCUUCCUGCUGCUGACGAGCCAUUUGAUACUUGGAUGCUGAACCGAUUGUCUUACGACAGUGAAGAGAUUGUUUGUCGUUGGGCUGCUUUGUGCUGGAGUAUUUGGAAAGAGAGGAAUGAGGUAGUUUGGAACCAGCGUGUGUGGUCCACGAACAAUGUAAGGUAUUAUGCUACUCGCAUGUUUAAUGAAUGGAGGGACAAUUUGAUUAGAGAAACUCGCAUGUUUAAUGAAUGGAGGGACAAUUUGAUUAGAGAAAAUUUUUUUGUAACUGAUGCACUCUCCCAUGCACAUGCAAUCACAAAUAAUGAAGAUGUACUAAAUGUGUUUGUGGAUGCAGCAGUGUUCCCAGACAUUGAGCGAGGCUAUUUUGGUGUGGUGAUCAAGAAUACACAUGGGAAUUUUGUGGCUGCUAAAAAUGGUCCCAUUAGGUGCUUAAACGAUCCACACUUAGCUGAGGCUCUUGCGAUCAAGGAGGCUCUUUCUUGGGUCAAGGACAGGGGUAUGCUGAAAAUAAAGGUCUUCUCAGAUUGUCAGAAUGUCUGUAAUCUGAUCAAUGGUACUUUGCCGGAUCGUUCUUAUGCGGGUUGUGUUUCAAAUGAAUGCCGGCUCUUUCAACGACACUUUGAAGUGGUGUCUUUUCAGUUUCUUUCUCGAUCAGCGAACAAGUGUGCCCACGCAUUAGCUCGGGUGGCUCGUUUCCAAGCUGGUUUUUCUAGUUGGUUUGAUUCUAUUCCCACUUGUAUUGAACACUUAUUCUAA